GCUACAGUCCUAGAAUUUAUAGUGAUGGAAGCGGGUCAUGCCUAAAUAUAAAAACACUCUCCCUUGUCUGCUAGUGUUUCACUUGUGACAGGAAACUUGCUUUACAGACAUGAGUGAAGAUGAUCUUACUGAGUAUUUCAUUCAACUGAGUCUACAAGAAUCAUGUCAAGAUGCCUUUAUAAAAUCUGAAGCCUGUAUUUCUACUUUUAUCAGCCUUGAGACGGUGACGGAUGUCAAUUUGAGAGUUCUGGCUGCAAUAGAACAAGGUGAGGUGUCCAUGCUUAGGAAGAUGCUACGCUACACCUCAGUCUUCAGAGAAGUGGACAGCCGAGGAUGGCUACCCCUCCAUAGAGCUGCAGCACAACCCAUACCUGAAGUGUUGGAAACUGUUCUGCGUGUAGCUUCGCAUGGGGUAGCGGUGGAAGAGAGAACAACAAUAGGGGGAGAGACACCACUGACUCUGGCAGCUAAAGCCGGUCAUGUGGAGAAUGUGAAGACUCUGCUGGAGCAUGGGGCUUCUCCACACAACACCAACAGCAGAAACGAGUCGCCACUAUUGCUUGCUGUUAGGGCUGGGUCGUAUGAAAUGGCCUACACCUUGAUUGCCAGCGGAGCCUGGGUGGAGCAGAUCUGUCGGAAAAAGUGGACGUCUAUGCAUGAAGCAGCCAAGGUGGGCUGCUCUGAGGUCAUGAUGCUGUUACUAAGGAAUGGAGGUCAGGUGAACCAGAAAGAUAAUCAGGGAGUGACUCCGUUGGGUGUUGCUGCUGAAUGCGCGCAUGUCCACAUCCUAGACAUUCUUCUUCGCUAUGGAAGCAGAGUAAAUAACCAGGCUUUCAAUGGAGAAAGCGUUCUGAUGGAUGCAGCUGGUUCAGGAAACAUAGACUGUAUCAAACUUCUCUUACAAAAUGGAGCCAACCCUAAUUUACCUAGUUUUAAUGGACAACUACCUAUCCACAAAGCAGCAUAUGAGGGUCACUAUGAUGCCUUGAAGAUGCUAAUACCCCUCACUACCAGAAAGGCGAUCAAACUCUCCGGUCAAAGCCCAAUUCAUUCUGCCGCUGAUGGCAGCCAUUUUAACUGUCUGAAACUACUAAUAGAAAACGGCUUUGAUGUCAACACCUCCCUGAACCCAUGCCCCUCAGACAAGUACAUGGACAUGAGAAAAAGCGCGUUAUUCUUUGCUGUCUCCAAUGGAGACGUCCCAUGCACAGAAAUGCUGCUGAACUCAGGAGCCCAACCUGACCUUGACCCUCUACGCUGCCUCCUGGUGGCGGUGAGAGCUGGGAGUUAUGAGAUCGUGGAGAUGCUUUUGGCCAGACAGGCUGACGUCAACUGCUACUUCACAGUGGUGAGUGACACCGUGUUUCCCACGGCUCUGCAGUACUGCUUGCGGGACGAGAGGAUGAUGCGUCUGUUGCUCAACAACGGCUACGACAUUGAAAGGUGCUUCACCUGUAACCAUGACAACCACAUAAGUUUGAAUUGUGCAGAGGAAGAGAAAAUUCCGUUUUGUGAAUUCAUGAGUCUCUCCUGCCUGAUGCACCUGUCUGGGAAUGUGGUACACAUUCUUUUGGACUAUGUUAAUCAAGUGCCCAUCUGUUCACAAUUAAAACACACUCUGCAGAAGCAGAAGGAAUGGCCUGACAUAUGUGACAUUCUGGGGAAACCCCGAUCACUCAAACAUCUGUGCCGACUGGAGAUCAGGAAAUGUCUGACCUUGAAAAGACUGAAUGACCCCAUCGUAAUGAGCUCUGAUCUGUUCCCUCCCGGACUGAGGAAUUACUUGAUGUACAAGGAGAAAGAUCUGUAUGGUUAAUGCGUUGAAGCAGUCAUGCAGUAGUCUGACAAGAGGGAUGAAUGGAAAUUACUCACAAUGCCACAUUACUUAGUGUGCAGCUUGUAGGAAUUAAGCAGAUUUAAUAUUUCUGUUUCACAUGUUUUUACACAUUUUUAUGCUUAUUUUUUACAUUACAGAUUAGACUUGUCCUAUCUAUAGGAAAGAUAUGAUAUACAAUAAAUAGAACAAAAGCUUGA